ACACUGACGGUGCUCUACGCGUGGUCCAGGGCCGCGCGCCUCCUCGGCCGCCCCGCCCCGCCCAUCCCCGACCUGCAGCCGGCGGCCGACGAGCUCGCCGCGCUGGUCCGCUCCGGCCUUGCCGGCCUCACCUCCGCCUCCCGCCGCGUCACGCAGGCCCAGCCCGGCUCCGGGCGCGUCUUCGCCUGCCUCGCCGCCGCCGCCCUGCUCGGCCGCCUCGCGCGCGACCUCCCCACCCUUUUCAUAGCUGGAACUGGAAUCUGUGCGCUCGGGCGGGUUGCUCUAUCCUCUCAUAACAAGUGGGGUUAGGGUGGGUUCCAAUGGGCUAAUAGGGUUAGCCCACUUAAUAUUCUGCCGGUCCAGUGGAAAUCCACUAAUGCAAUUUAAGUGGGAUGGGAUUCUUAGUCCCACUUAUUCCCACCCCCACCUGCAGCGUGACCCCGCGUCAUCCAAAGAAGCCAGCACGCCACAGCGCGGAAGAAAUCUGUUGCGUGUUAUCAAAAA